CAUUUGUAUUGUUAAAAAUUCCUAUGGUAAAACGAAUCGGUUAUUUACUUUUUUUAUCCCUUUAAAUUCUUACAGCAGCUCACCAAAAACGUGCAGAACUAAGUUCUCUUUUUCAACCGUUUUGUCAACGAGUGGCGCAUUCUAAAAGUGUAAGUGACCAAUCCAUUAAGAACUGUAUAUUGUUGUAUAGAAUCAACCGAAGACAUUCGUACUUGGUGGAAGAAAAUGUCGGAAAGUGAAGAAAAUGCAACUGCUAUCCAAGAAAGGCUUUUGAUGUCAUCACUGCACGCCGCGAUUUCGUACGGCAAGCUCGGCUCGGACUUCUCGCCACUCGGUGUCUCCACACACGCAAUCUGAGCGGCGUGUUUCUUUGUCCACAUGAAAGAUGGGGCUUCUAAUGGCAAUCAAAUUGCUGAAGAGAGCUCCACAAGUGAAGACGGGAAAAAAGAGACUGCUGAAGCAGCUGCAGUGAAGAAAAUUAAACGAGAAAACUUAAGAAAGAGAAGCACAUCAGUUGAUCGAAGCUCUUCUUCUUCUUCAUCAUCUUCUUCAGAGAGUGAAGAGGAACGUAAGAAGAAGAAAAAGAAAUAUCGGAAACGAAAAUCUCGUUCUCCAAAAAGAAAACAUACUAAGUCGAAAAAAUCUCGCAAAUCACGUGAACGAAGUGUUAGCAGCGAUAGAAGUGCUUCACGUAGAACGAAAGAAAGGUCCUCUCCAGAAGCAGAAAGGUUAGAGAAAGAUAAAAAAAGGAAUUCUGAUGCAGAAAAUUCUGAUUCAAAAGAUAAUGACUCUAAAAUGCAUAGACCACCAACUGCAACUGAGUCAAGACUUCUAAAACUUGCUGAAACAAAAAUCGUGAAAGAAAAAUCACGAUCACGAAGCAAACGCAAAUCACGAUCACGAGACAGGAGGUCACGGUCACGAGACAGGAGGUCACGGUCACGAGACAGGAGGUCACGGUCACGUGACAAGAAGAAGCGCUCACGAUCACGUGAUAGAACGCAUAAAUCACGAGAUCGCAGGAAUGUAUCACGUGAAAGAAGAUCACGUUCACGUGACCGCAGACGGUCUAGAGAUGGAAAGAGACGAUCACGGUCACGUGAUAGAAGAAAUUCUCGAUCACGUGACAGAAGGCGUUCACGCUCACGAGAAAGAAGAAGAUCACGAUCACGUGAUAGAAGCAGAAGGCGUAGAUCACAAUCACGUGAUAGGCGACCAAGAUCACGAUCACGUGAUAGGAGAAGAAGAAGAUCACGUUCACGAAGAUCAAGGUCCUCGUCAAGCUCGCCGUACAGAUUUGGAUUCGAUAAAGCGAUGGACUCUCAAGAGAGAUUAGCUCGGAGGUUGGAAAGAGCGAAAGAGCUCACAAGGAUCAAACAAGAAGAGGAAGCAAAAAAGAGAUCAGAAACUGGCCUUGUCGGACUCAAAGAUACAGAAUUAAGAGCUGCUAUUGAAAAAGCUGCUCAAGCUAUCAUGACAACAAGUCCGAAAGAUCCUGGAUCAGUUGCUGUUCAGCCGUCUCCACAAAUGCUGGCGUUGAAAGCACAAGCUGAAAAAGCAACUGGUAUUACAAUACCAUCGUAUUAUAAUCCAAAUGUCAUCAAUCCAUUAUCGUAUGCAACACAAGAAGCAAAGAGAAAGAAGCUCUGGUCAAAAGCAGAGGAUAACACCACAUCGCAAGCUACUACAACUGCUACUACAAGUACUAGUUCCAGCUCUGGGUCCGUCUGGAGUAAAAUGACGUUAGGUGACAACAAAACUGAUGAAAAAUUUGCAAAAUUAAUGGGCAUAAAAUCUAAUGCAAAGGGUGUUGGGACAGAGGUUGAUGCUGAUGGCGUCAUGAAGAAACAGCAAGAGCUAAUGUCAAAUCUAGACAUGCAGUAUCAACAAGCAAGGAUAACUACACACACUCAGAGGGGUGUAGGAUUAGGUUUUUCCUCUGCAUAUGUGAACCCAAAUGCAGUAGCAACCCAACAAGCUGCAGACAAUACAGCACAGCCCCCACCUGCCACAUGAAGACAUUUAUGAAUAUUUUGCAUAUUAUUAAUUAAACUGUAAUUUGAUGAUGUAAAUAUGUCACACUCGCUCGAAAUUUGUAAAAAAUCGUGUUCUUUUUUUAAGUUAUGACCUUUUUAAAAGAGUAAAAUCAUGUAAAACAAUCAAGGAGCGGGAAGGACAGCUGACAUAACAAAGAUAAAAUGCUUCAAAUUUUAAAUAUA